CGGUCACAGACGAACAGUUUUCUCAAAUCAAUGAAUCACCACUCUUCUAAACUCACGAUUCACGAAUCACGAAUCGAAAUCUCGCUCUCUGCCUCUCUCGAGUCUCGACUCUCGACCGUCUCUCGGCCUCUCGCUCGCCUCUCGCAUCUUGUGACUUGAGAGCCCCUCACUCUCGUUCUCGUCUGCAAUGCUCUGAUUAGGCUAUUCCAAAGGACGAAAACCAGAUUGGAGGAUGUCAAAUUUGCAAGUUCAGGAUUUUGGGUUCUAAAGGAAUCUCAAACUUUGGUGUAUUGGCUAUUCAAAUAAGGUGAUGUAUGUCUGGAAAGACCAGUAAUUUAUAAACACAAUGGAUCUCAAACCUUUUAGACUUGACAUUGAUGAGCUUAUCAAUGAGUUCGCGGAGGGUGAAAUGACUAUGUUGGCUGAUAUGAAGAGGAUAUGGCUUUCUAAAAAGUUCUCCUGCAUAUUUGAGGCUAAGCCUACCACAAAAUUGGGAUUUUUUAUGCAAUCUCUGUAUACCCAUUGCUUAGGUUACAUGACGUCUACUGCUUCUAUAUCACACAGGCUGGGUGGUCUUUAUUGUCUCUACUGCCUACAUGAAACGCAACCAUUUAAGCCUCCGUUCAAAAUCUACUUAUGCACACGGGAAAUUAAGAGGCUCAAGGAACUGGUUAUUGAUGCAAAGAAAGAGAAGAUAGGAAUUGUGCAUACUUUAGUCAAUAGCAUGCUAGAAAGGAACUUGUUUCUUUAUGGGGCUAUCGACUUGAAGGAAGGAUCCGUGGAAGAGAGGGUGAAUGAACUAACAGAUAUACAGAAUGCCCGUGUUCAACAUGCGAAUAAAAAGUUAUUUGCGGACACACAGAUUGAACGUUACAUUCACAUGGACAUGGGCAAAGAACUUGACCUUGAUUCACUCAAGGAAAUGUCAAGAGAUUAUUGCAUGGCCAAAGAGAUAGCCUUCAAAGAAGCUGAAAAUGUGAUAGAUACACAAGAUAUCAAGCACAUUGCAGAGAAUCAGACGUUGAUUGGAGAUGUAGUCGGGAAAACAACCGAAGAUUGGAAUGUUCAGAAAGAAACAUUCUAUCAGAAAACGAGACUUAACCAACGGCCGUCUGAAAACUCGAGCUUUGAGCAACAAAACAACAAUGGGAACAUUGAUGCAAUUGAGUUCAAUGUGGAAGAUGAUGCAUAUGCAGAAAAAGAUGACAAUUUCUGUGAUGAGCUAGAGCAACAACUACUAUCUUUGACAGAGUCCUGAGUUGCACAUUUUGCAUAAAUGGUUGUACAAAGCAUCUCCUUUCAUCAUGAAAAUAGGUCAAAUUGUUAUGAUAUAGUUUGUAACUGUGGUAAGUAGGGUUCUACAUGGAC